GGCAACGGUAGUCUGUUUUACAUCCUGCAUGUAUGGUGACCGUGGCCUGAUGAUUCCCAGCCAGUCCUGCAUGCCCGGUGUUCGUGGCCACAUUCCUAGCCACUCCAGCAUUGCAGUUCGUUCGUGAGGAAAGCAUUGCUCAUAACCUGUUCUUGGCUAUUUUAAGGGCCGCUAAUGAUGAACACAAACAGCGGUUUAGAGUGAAUCCGCAACUCCAUACUCCAACCAGCGCUCCUUCCUCGGCGCGCCUUCAGCCAUCGCACAGCUGAGCAGUACUAGUAACAUCCAGUUUGCUGGUCAAUCAAUAAACCACUUGGUGUGCUCGUGGGAGGAAGAAGAUGGAAUCCAUAGAUUUGAAGGUGCAGGUGGUAGAGUCAUCAUUUAUAGCGCCGAGCGAGCCGACGCCAAGCAAGGGCCUCUGGCUCUCUUCCUUGGACAUCCUGCUGGUCAACAUAGGCCACACCCCAACGAUCUACUUGUACAGCUCCAACGAUGUAGCCGCGGCUGAUUUUUUCGACGUGGGCAGACUCAAAAAGGCUAUGGCCAAGGCUUUGGUGCCCUUCUACCCCCUCGCCGGCCGCCUCGGCAACAACAGCGACAAUGGUAGGACGGAGAUCAGCUGCAACGGCGAAGGUGCACUCUUUGUUGUCGCUCACGCGGAUGGUGAUCUCACUAUCGAUGACAUCAAGAAAUUGAAGCCAUCGCCAGAGUUGAGGAGGCUGUUUAUUCCACUCAUCGAGCCAUCGUCUAUCAUAAUGGCCAUACAGGUGACUUCCUUGAAGUGUGGAGGGGUGGUGUUAGGAACAGCUAUCCACCACGCCGCCGCAGACGCUUCAAGUGCGUUCCACUUUUUUCAGACAUGGUCGGCAUUCUGCAAGCAUGGUGACCGUGCUGCCGUGGCGGUGGAGCUCCCGUGCCACGACCGCACCCUACUCCGCGCACGGUCCCCACCCACAGUCCACCCCGACGCGCUCUUGACAUUGCUGCCUCGGCUCACCCUCUCUGACCCCGAGGGAUCCCUUGCCACCGAAGUCUUCACCAUUUCCAGCGAUCAGCUCGCCUCCCUGAAGCACCUCUGCGGUGGCGCGAGCACCUUUUGCGCGGUGAGCGCUCUCCUCUGGCAGUGCGCGUGCGUUGCGCGCCGCCUUCCACCGGAUUCUCAAGUGCGCAUGCUGUUCCCUGCCGACCUCCGGCGCCGGAUGAGGCCGCCCCUCCCGAGCCACUACUUCGGCAACGCAGUGUUCAGGCUAUGCGCAACUGGCCGGGCGGGGGAUAUUGGCACGGUGGCGUUGGGAUCCGUCGCUGCCCGGAUCAAGGGCGCCAUCGACCGGAUGGAUGACGAGCUGGUGCGUUCCGCCAUUGACUACUACGAGUACGAGACGGCCGAGGUGAACAAGAGACGGACUCCGACAGGCACCCUGCCACAGACGGACCUCAAUAUUACCAGCUGGUUGGGUAGGUCACAGUACGACGCGGAUUUUGGGUGGGGAACGCCGCAAUUCAUGUCCCGGGCGGACUCCGACCGCGGCGGAUUCGUGCACUUGAUCAACGAUGAGGGUGGUGGCACCGCCACCGGCGACGUCCGCGUGCUCGUGACCGUGGGGGCUGAAAAUAUAAAGGAGCUAGGGCGGCUUCUUUAUGCGAAACUCUAGCUAGGUGCUGCUAGUGGCAUUAUCCAAACUUGAAAUAUCCCAACUCGUAACUGAUGUACCGAAACCUGAAUUCUCAAACACUAUUUCAGAUCCUAGGUUUGAAAACCAAAAUUUAUACACAAAUUAACUGAAAUUAUAUGUUAUUUGUAAUGUAUAAUAUAUGCUCUUGGGGACUGGUGACUUUAUGUUAACUCUUCAACGCCCUAAGUUGUGAUAUCUAAUAUAUUAUGUUUGCUUGUGUGGACUUCUAUUAGGUCUACUUCUAGUUCAAUAAUUUCUGUUUCUACUGUACUAGACUGCUAGUUUUGUUAUAUAGCUAUGUACCAUGCGAUGUGGCACUGCUAGCUAGCAGUAUGAACUUAAUUUGUAAUGUGUGAAAUGCAUGUGAAAUGAGGUAUUUGUUCAA